AUGGAAGGCUUCAAGACCGUGCAAGACGCCAUUAAUUCCAUCCCUUCUAACAACAAUCGAUGGACCAAAAUCCAUCUUCAGUCGGGUACCUACGUGGAACAAGUGAGAAUUCCACAUGACAAACCAUGUAUAUUUCUAGAAGGUGAAGGCAGAAAAACGACGAUCAUUACAUACAAUGGUCACAGUCAAACAGAUAAAAGUGCAACUUUCUCUUCUUACCCUCCAAACGUUAUUGGCAAGGGAAUCACCUUCCAGAAUUCUUAUAACCUCGGAAUGAGUAUACCCAAAAUCUACAGCCCAGUAUCAGGCCCAGUUAACCGGAAGCUCAUUGCCCUAUAUCGGGCCGGGGUAGUGCCGGCCCUAGCCGCUAGAGUCUACGGCGACAAAUCGGCCUUCUACGACUGCGGGUUCGUCGGCGUCCAAGACACAUUAUGGGACGCCGCCGGCCGCCAUUACUUCUCCAAUUGCUACGUCGAAGGAGCCGUCGAUUUCAUUUUCGGGAGAGGCCAAUCUUUCUACGAGAACGCAGAGAUAAAAGUGACGGGAGGAGGGUUCAUCACGGCGCAAGGCAGGGAGAACGGUAACGACCCGAGCGGGUUUGUGUUCUCCGGCGGCCGGGUGGAAGACGGCGCCCCCGGCGUCCACACUCUCCUUGGGCGAGCUUACCGGAAGUACUCGAGGGUCAUCUUUCAGUCCACCUAUCUGUCCGCCGCCGUCGACCCUCGUGGAUGGGACGCUUGGCAUUACGCCGGCCAAGAGCAAAAUUUCGUGUACGUGGAGGCGGACUGUAGAGGACCGGGAGCAGACAAAUCGAAGCGAGUUCCAUGGGAGAAGAAGUUGGACCCGCGUGAUCCUUCCCUCUUGAGGCAGUUCUCCAAGGAGGUGUUUGUGGACCAAGAUGGUUGGAUUGCCAGCCAACCCACCUCCUAA